ACGCGGGCACCUUUGUGCACGUCUUCGUUGCCCGCUUUUUUUGAGUGCGGUUUUCCUCAAACAAACGUGCCCACCCAUGUUUGAUUAGAUUGCCGUUUAUUAAUUCCGAAUUUGUUUACCGUUUUCAAUCAGUCGCAUAAAGCUGCCUGAUAAAGUAAAGUGAUUGUGUCUGUAUGCGUGUGGGUGCAUGGCAAACUGUUCCAGAAUUCCAGACUGUUAAAAUGCAAUGGUUCGCUUUCGCUCGAAAAGUGUUCAUCGGCUUUGUGUUCCUGAUUUUAACGCGGUUCAAUGAAAAUACAGCUUUGCCCAAUAAUGGAACGUUGGACUAUUGCUUAACUGGAUACGAUGAAUCGAAAGCAUGUUCCAUUAGAGGAAAUUUGCUAGCACAACCAAUUUGGAACCACUAUGCUGGCUACUUAUGCUACAACUACACAAACAGUGCAAGAUUCAGCCAAAAGUUCAAUGCCACUUUUAAAUAUGUCAACUGCAGUGGAACCAUUUACCAUCGACCCGUACCUGCAGCUGUUGUGGACAACACUACCAUCGCCUUAUUCGACUACAAGCAUGAGGAAUCAGCGGCUCUAUUGCGAAAAUCGUUCAAAACCGAUGAACUUUUCGAUAAUUUCGUCAAGUGCUGUGAAGAGGCUGAAGAUUGCUGCACAAACGCAAUGAACAACGAAAAUAUUGUUAGCACUGCAGAUUUUUGCCCAGUGGUUUGGGACGCUUGGUCGUGUUUUCCCCAAACAGCAGUAAACACCAUCCAGAGCUUGCCCUGUAGUAGUCAGGCCUACCAAUCUCCUGAUAAAGUCUGUACUUUAGAAAGCGAAAAAAGCUGCCAGUUUAACGAAACCAUCCAGCUGGCUGAAUGGAACCAACAGACCGAUUAUUCCAACUGUGCCAUUGCCUCUAUUUACUUGGCCAGAUACAACUAUCACGUUUCAGCUUUAUACGUCUGUAUCGUCUGCUCACUGCCAGCAAUUCUGAUCUUCUUGGCCAUUCCCGUCUUCCGAGACAACAGCAGGGUGAUCCUGCAUCGCAACCUGCUGAUCUCCAUCGUGAUCAGAAAUGUCCUCACAAUUAUGGCCAAAAAAAUCGUUAUUAUCGAUGCGCUACUUUCGCCUACAGCCAGCAACCAGGUGAUGGAUAAUAAUCCUGUUGGCUGCAGGCUUUUGUCCUUUUUUGUUAGCGCUGCCACCAAUUCCACCUAUGCCUGCAUGAUGGUUGAUGGCUACUACUUGCAUAAGGUGAUAGUGAGGACUUUUGCCAAAGAACCUCCACUCGUUUUCCUCUACAGUCUUGUGGCAGUUCUCACGUUUCUGCCUUCGAUAAUUUGGGCCAGCAUAGUGGCGGCCAAUGAACGCACGUCCUGUUGGAUGGUGGACACCAAUGGAGAGCAAUGGUCAGUGGACAGUUUCCGCAUGGUGAUUCUCUUCAUCAACACCGUAUUAUUGCUGGACAUUGUUCGGGUGAUGAUAUCGAAAAUGAAGCAGGGCGGAACCACCAGGCAAACAAAGGCAGCUUUUCGGGCAACAUUGUUCCUAAUCCCCCUGUUCGGUCUGCACAUCUUCAUCACAGCGAAGAAAAUCGUCAUCAACGACACCUGCUGGGCGGAAGAUAUCUACGACUAUUUCCGCUACACUAUGGAAGCCAGCCAAGGGAUCUUCGUCGCCAUUCUCUUCUGCUAUGCCAAUGCAGAGGUCCACAAUGAGCUCAACAAUCUGUUUAGGAAACUCAGCAUCCAAUUGAAUCAAAGGCUCGGCUGGAACUUCGCCAGGACAGCGGCAAGGAGACGAACCACCACAGCCACUUAUGUGCAGCCAGCUGAUUUUAAAAACGAGUUUUAGCCUAAGUCUGAUCUAAGUGCCACUAAAUAUACGUAUUCUUUAUUUGUAUAAGUC